GAUGAUUAUCCCUAUCCGCCUCCGCUUACCUUAGAUGUCUCCGAGAUCCAAAAACAAGAACAAGAGCGAGCAGAGCGUGGCGACAAAUCACCCGCUGCCUUUUAUCCCGCAACCAGCAGCAGCGAAGGCCGCGAGAGGCAGGUAGUAGCCGCACGCCACAUCAACCCACCACGGAUGGCCGGCGGCGGCGACCGUGACGCAUCCGACGCGGAGCUCCGCGCGGGGUUCGAGACCCUGGCCGUGACGCGGCCGGACCCUUCCGCGGGGGUCUACGAGGUCCGCCUCAACCGCCCGGCGCAGCGCAACGCGCUGAGCCCGGCCGCGUUCGCGGAGAUCCCGCGCGCCAUGUCUCUGCUGGACCGCGCCCCCUCGGCGCGCGCCGUGGUGCUGUCCGCCGCGGGCCCGCACUUCUGCGCGGGCAUCGAGCUCGGGGGCCCCGGGGACCCGCUGUCCGCCGCCUCCGCCGAUCCCGUGGCCGCCGCGGAGGGGCUCCGCCGCGCGGUCCUCGACAUGCAGGCGGCGCUCACGGCCAUCGAGCGGUGCCGGAAGCCCGUCGUCGCGGCGGUGCACGGCGCCUGCGUCGGCGGCGGCGUCGACCUCGUGGCCGCCUGCGACAUCAGGUGCUGCUCCAGGGACGCCUCCUUCGUGCUCAAGGAGGUGGACAUGGCCAUCGUCGCCGACCUCGGCGCGCUGCAGCGCCUCCCGCGGAUCGUCGGCUACGGCAACGCUGCUGACCUCGCGCUCACCGGACGCAAGAUCAACGCCAUGGAGGCCAAGGACAUGGGGUUGGUUACCAGGGUCUUUGAUUCCAAGCAAGACUUGGAUGCGGGCGUCGCAAAGAUCGCCAAAGAAAUAGCUGACAAGUCGGCAUGGGCGGUGAUUGGAACCAAGGCCGUUCUGCUGAGAAGCAGGGAUGCGACCAUAGAACAAGGCCUGGAGCAUGUAGCCACAUGGAACGCGGGUAUGAUGAGGUCGAACGAUCUGAAGGAGGCCAUCAGAGCCUUCCUGGAGAAGCGGAAGCCUGUGUUCUCCAAGCUGUAAUGAUCAGAUACCAUCAUACCAUACCUCUGUGUUACUUAACAAGUGGUGCUACGUAUCUGGAAAUGCAAAGGAAUAAAGUGUGCUAGGAGUAGACAAUUGUCAGGGAAAAAGAAAAAAAAAAUGCCUGUUCUCGAUGGAGCUGUGAAGGCAUUUUUCCAUGUCAGUUGAGCUUACCAAAGUUGUUUUGGUCGGUAUGGAUGAACCGGGGGUGUUACUGUUUUGUUACCUGUUCCAGUCUGUACGUAGAUUCAUCUCUUCUGCACCGAGACAAAAUGCCAAACAAUCAUCUGGAGUUCAAAGUCAUCUGGGGCUUUGAGCGAACUGGGACAUUCACUACAGUCUGUGGUGCACAAGAAAUGAAUCUGCGUACAAACUGGAACAGGUAACAAAACCGUACAAACUGGAAUAGGUACUCAAAACAGUACUCUCUGUCCUGAAUUAGAUUCAUAUAUAUAUGAAUAAUUUAUCUAG